AUGCUGCAAUGUGGCGUGUUGUCGUGCACGCGGGUGUUGCAGUUUGCGUGGAGGCAAAGCUACCGCGACAUGCUGCCUCCAGCCGCCACCGCGGCGUACGUGCGAGGUCAGCUGCGUCCGUGUGACCCGUGCGGCGGCGUCAGCGUGCCUGUUGUGGUGGAGAGUCCCUCCGACGCGGCGGGCGUCUACGCGUUUGCGGCCCAACCGACAGCGUUGGCAGUGCGUACACUGUGCGAGGUCGCACGCCCAGCCCCUCCGCCGUCGCUCACAGAACGCGCCCGCGCUCUUGCCAGGUUGUCGGCGGUACUGCGGGAGAAUGCGGCGCUGCUUGCCUCCGCGGAUGCGUUGGUUAUACAGGGAUGUGCCUGCGCGAUGCACGCCUCUCGCUCAGCGCUGCACUGGACUUCAUUGCCGUGUGCGAGCAGCGGUUGCACACGCCCCAGGGAGCACCACCAACAACAACGACGGAGGAUGCGGUUGUGA